AUGUUUGCCUAUAUCUCAAGCAACGGUGUCGUAAGCUUUGGCUCUGAUCUGGUGAGCGCUGAGCCGAACCUGACGUCAGCGCUCGGCAACAAGAACAAGCUGAUCGCCCCCUUCUGGUCCAGGGUGGACCCGGCCAGGGGCAGGAUCUACUUCCACGUGUACGAGAAGUGUGACGGUGCCGUGUUCUCUGAGCCCAGUCCCUACCCCAACUCCACGGCCAAGGAGCGCGUGAUGGCUAGAGCGGCUAAAGAUGUCAUGAAAUAUUUUAAUCUCUAUGACAUUGAUGUCACUAAUGUCAUGGUAGUGACAUGGAGGGAGACAAGCCCUUUGGUACCAAGUGUUGUGGGGCUGACGGAGAAAAACAGUUUCCAGACCAUCUACGUCAGCGGAUACCGUAAGGAAUCGGCGGGUGACCUGGAUUUCUCCACCGAGGAGACAGCCUAUGUGAUCACCAUCUACCAGAAGGGGCAGAUGAACUGGAAGUUUGUGGCGGGAAGACCGCUAGAGGUCGGUGCUGUCGCCAGCCCGUUCACGUCUGUUAGAAGGGACGUAAUCGAUGAGCUAACAUUUGAUUUAACCAAAAAUAGAGCUAAUUACAGAGAAGUGAUUUACUACCAGGUGGGCAGGAAGUCUAGCCCCGCCCAGCUGUGCCAGAGAUACCUGUGCAGGAACUCGUACCUGAUCCAGAACUCCGUGUACCGUGAGCAGACGGCCCAGAUGCCACUGUGUCCUUGCACGCAGUGCCAGGUCGGCAGGGAAUGGGUCAGGUUUGACCGAGACAAUCAGCCUAGUAAACUCAGGUGUUACUCACUCACCACGUCUGCCAAGAAGAAAUUGUUCAACAACCCUCGGAACAACAUGUGUUGUUACAUGCUGAAUAGCCCUUCCCCCUACGCCGUGUGGAGUACGAGCCCGGGGGUGGCGAGUAUUGUCCACAACUCGCCGGAUGCCGGCCACAUCUUGACCAAAGACCCCUGGUGGUCGCAGGGUGCCAGAGAGACCACACUGGCCCACCAGACUUGCUGCAAGGACUCCAACAGAUCCAGGCUCUGUGAUCGCUUCUACAAAAUAUUUCCUGACAGAGGCUGUGCACUGACUUCUGAAUUUAUAAGGGCCAAUGUGAUAGGUGACCCCCACAUCAUCACCCUCGACAACUUCUUCUACACCAUGAACGGUUAUGGCGUGUACACAAUGAUUGACGUCAUCUCCGCGGGAUUUUCUUUCCAGGCUAGAACUGACCAGGUAAAGACCACCACAGGUGCAACAAAAAUGGCCACUGUCUUUGGGGCCUUCGCUGCCAAGGAGAAAGACUACGCCCGUUUUCAAGUUGAGAUUUCUACUGGGAAAUUCCCUAUGGUCAUAUUAGUGAACGGCGUCAAUAUCACGGAAGAUUUCUACAACAACACAAGAUUUGUACUAUCUCUAGAAGCUAUUGAUGUCCGGCGAGACGAAAUCGCUAACCGGACAUCAGUUGUGGCUGUGUUUCCGUGUGGUGUGACCCUUGCUUAUGUCAGCUACAUAUUUGACCAUGAGUGUCAUCACGUGAUAGGUGUGACCCUUGCUUAUGUCAGCUACAUAUUUGACCAUGAACUUUAUCACGUGACAGGUGUGACCCUUGCUUAUGUCAGCUACAUAUUUGACCAUGAACUUUACCACGUGACAGGUGUGACGCUUAUCGUUGACCCCUUGACCUUGAGUGUCGAGGUGCACAAGUCCCUACAGAACAAGACCAGCGGCCUGAUGGGGAACUUCAACGGGAGAGCAGACGACGACUUCACGCUGCCCAAUGGAACUGUGCUCCGGGCUAACCUGACGGAGAAAGAGAUCAUCAAAAACUUCGCAUCUCAGUAUCUGGUUACUGACGCUACAUCUGUCUUCAUAUUGCCGCCUGGGAAAAAUAUUUCCAGCUAUCAGCACCCAGAGUUCACGCCCUUUUACUCCGAGUCGGCCUCGCUCAGCAGCAAGAUGGCGGCGGCGUCGUUGUGCGGGGCAACGAACAAGGCGUGUAUCUAUGACUACCUGGCCACUGGGGACAAGGUGUUCGCUAGCAGGACAAAGGCCCUCGUCGAACAGGCUGUGGUGUUGAGGCAAACACUUGCAAACAAUUGCCCGACGGUCACGUUUGCGUCAGACAACGGAAGUUUUCAAAAUGGCCGCUGGUACGUACAGGAAGGGGUUGCCAGCAGACUCCAGAUCAGGGCAGACGACUCGGACAAGGACGCCCUCACAUUCCUUUUGUUUGGCAACCCUGUUGGUGUCACCAUCAACCAGACUGGUCACCUCAGCUACACGCCAACCCUGGCCAACCCGGCACAAGUCGCGUUUCAAGUGAAGGAUUCUAAAGAUUGCUACACCCCAAUAGAGUACGUCCCUGUCACAAUUUGUCCACUCUGUGACGGGAAUGGUGAAUGUGACAACAGCUCUAUACGUGACGUGGAAUAUUUUGGUGGGAAAGUUCAGAUCCUUAGAUGUCUUUGUCAACCAGGCUAUACAGGUAUGUAA